AUGUCGUACGGAUCUGUCAAGAAAACGCCGGAUGCUGCCGCCCAGCAUGCCGAUAGCUCAUCAGCAUCUCUGCCCAAUGGUCAUAGCCACGCAUCACAAAUCCAUGGCUCGGACGAAGCGUCGGCCGCCGACGACGAGCAGGUCAGCUUCUGGGUCCGCACCAAGGCCUUUUACAACAACAAUAUCGGUCUCUUUUUCGUGUUUGUCGCGCAAAUCUUUGCCUCUAUUAUGGCCAUGACGACGCGCCUGCUGGAAACGGGCUUUGAUACAAAGUUCCACGCGCUGCAAAUCAUCUUUGUCCGCAUGAUCUUUACGGCCAGUAUCGGCUCCGCGUACAUGUGGUACAAAAAGGUGCCCGACUUUCCGCUCGGCCCGCCGGGGGUCCGGGGGCUGUUGGUGCUGCGCGGCACGGCGGGCACCAUUGGCAUCUUCGGACUGUACUACAUCUCUGAUUCGACCGUCAUCACGUUCCUCGUGCCCACCCUCACGAGCUUUGUCUGCUGGGUCGCCCUCAAAGAACCCUUUACCAUCGUCGAAGGCGUCGCCGGCCUCCUCGCCCUCACCGGGGUGCUCUUCAUUGCUCGCCCGCAGUUCCUCUUCUCCCACCUGCCCUUCACCCAUCCCUCGCCCAACAGCACCGUCCACGCCCUCGACGGCAUCUUCAAGCCCGUGCCCGCUACGCCCGCUGAGCGCUCCCUCGCCGUCGUCCUCGCCGUCAUUGGCUCCUUCGCCGCCGCCACCGCCUACGCCACGAUUCGCGUCCUGGGCACCCGCGUGCAUUCGCUCGUCAGCGUAAACUACUUUGCCGUCAUUGGCGCGGUUGUCUCCUGCGGCGUCCUGCUCGUCCACCCAAACAUUGGCUUUCAGACGCCGCAGAGCACGCCGCAGUGGCUGCUGCUGCUGUCGAUUGGCGUCUCCGGAUUCCUGCUGCAGGUGCUGCUGACCGAGGGCUUGCAGCGGGAGCGCGCGGGCAGGGCGACGAAUAUGAUUUACACGCAGCUUGUGACGGCGCUCAUCAUUGAGCGUCUUGUGUGGGGCACCACGCCACCGGCUGAGAGCUUCAUCGGGAGCGCGCUGAUCAUCGGCGCAGCUGUCUGGGUUGGCUUGCAGAAGAAGGUACCGGAUGCUGAAAAGCCUGCUCGGGCGUCGGAUGAGGAAACCAGUCUUCUUCGUGCUGAAGAGGACUAG